CGGAGGCCGCGGUGGCCCUGACUGUCGCGGGCUGGGGCGGUUGGUGGUGGCUGCCGCCGCCAUGGAGUGGAGCUCGGAGUCGGCGGCCGUGCGGCGGCACCGCGGUACCGCGGAGCGUCGGGAGGGACAGGCGGCCGCGUCGCACCCGCAGAGAGAGGCCUCAGCGCAGGAGGAUGCGAGGGGCGGCGGGAGGAUGCGGGGGAGGUCGGAGAACGGCGGCGGGAGCCGGGGUGCGAAGACCGCGCUGUCCGAGGCACGCACCGCGCUGGCGCUCGCACUCUACCUGCUCGCGCUGCGGGCGCUCGUGCAGCUGUCGCUGCAGAGCCUGGUGCUGAGCGGGACCUCGGGGCUCCAGGGCGAGUUCGACGCGCGCCAAGCCAGGGAUUAUCUGGAACACAUAACUGCCAUUGGCCCCAGGACUACAGGAAGCACAGAGAAUGAGAUUCUGACGGUCCAGUACCUUUUGGAGCAGAUCAAGCUGAUAGAGGCGCAGAGCAGCAGCCUUCACAGCCUUUCAGUCGACAUCCAACGGCCUACGGGCUCCUUCAGCAUCGACUUCCUGGGGGGCUUUACGAGCUACUAUGACAACAUUACUAACCUCGUGGUAAAGCUGGAGCCCCGGGAGGGGGCCAAGUAUGCUGUCCUGGCUAACUGUCACUUUGACUCAGUGGCAAAUUCACCAGGUGCCAGUGACGACGCAGUUAGCUGUGCAGUGAUGCUUGAAGUUCUCCGGGUCAUGUCAGCAUCUCCAGAGCCCCUGCAGCAUGCUGUGGUGUUCCUCUUUAAUGGCGCAGAGGAAAAUGUCUUGCAAGCAAGCCAUGGUUUUAUUACUCAACAUCCCUGGGCCAGUUUGAUUCGAGCAUUUAUUAACCUGGAGGCUGCAGGUGUCGGAGGGAAAGAACUCGUGUUCCAAACAGGCCCUGAAAAUCCUUGGUUGGUCCAGGCUUACGUUUCAGCAGCUAAACACCCUUUUGCUUCUGUGGUGGCUCAGGAGGUUUUUCAGAGUGGAAUCAUUCCUUCUGAUACUGACUUCCGAAUCUAUAGGGAUUUUGGGAACAUUCCAGGAAUAGACUUAGCUUUUAUUGAAAAUGGAUACAUCUAUCACACCAAGUAUGACACAGCGGACAGAAUUCUCAUAGAUUCCAUUCAGAGAGCAGGUGACAACAUUUUAGCAGUUCUUAAACACCUGGCUACGUCUGACAUGCUGGCUUCUUCGUCUGAGUAUCGACAUGGCAGCAUGGUGUUCUUCGAUGUGUUCGGCCUGUUGGUCAUUGCGUACCCUUCUCGCGUUGGCUCCAUAAUAAACUACAUGGUGGUUAUGGCUGUUGUUCUGUACCUGGGGAAAAAGCUGCUGCAGCCCAAACACAGGAAUGCUAAUUACGUGAGAGACUUCUUAUGUGGACUUGGCAUCACUUUCAUUAGCUGGUUCACUAGCCUUGUUACAGUCCUCAUUAUCGCAGUGUUCGUCUCUCUCGUUGGACAGUCUCUCUCAUGGUAUAAUUACUUUUAUAUUGCCGUUUGCCUGUAUGGAACGGCCACAAUUGCCAAAAUAAUACUCAUUCAUACUCUUGCAAAAAGAUUUUAUUAUAUGAACGCCAGCGACCUAUAUCUGGGAGAACUGUUCUUUGACACCUCACUGUUUGUGCACUGUGCUUUUCUUGUUGGUUUAACCUAUCAAGGGUUUUGCUCCGCAUUCAUGAGUGCUGUCUGGGUAGCUUUCCCAUUGCUCACAAAGCUUUGUGUGUACAAGGACUUCAAGAAGCACGGUGCCCACGGAAGAUUUAUUGCUCUUUACUUUUUGGGGAUGUUUAUCCCAUAUCUUUAUGGACUGUACCUCAUCUGGGCUGUAUUUGAGAUGUUUACUCCUAUCCUUGGAAGAAGCGGUUCGGAAAUCCCUCCAGAUGUUGUGCUAGCCUCCAUUUUGGCUGUCUGUGUGAUGAUUCUCUCCUCCUAUUUUAUUACCUUCAUCUACCUUGUGAACAGCACGAAGAAAACCAUUAUGACUCUAAUCCUGGUGUGUGCAGUCACGUUCCUCCUUGUCUGCAGUGGAGCCUUUUUCCCAUACAGCGCUAAUCCCGAGAGUCCAAAGCCAAAGAGAGUGUUUCUUCAGCACGUGAGUAGAACUUUUCAUAACUUAGAAGGAAGCGUAGUAAAGAGAGACUCUGGAAUAUGGAUCAAUGGGUUUGAUUAUACUGGGAUGUCUCACGUAACCCCUCACAUUCCUGAGAUCAACGACACCAUCCGAGCUCACUGUGAGGAGACUGCCCCGCUCUGUGGCUUCCCCUGGUAUCUUCCAGUGCACUUUCUUAUCAGGAAAAAUUGGUAUCUUCCAGCUCCAGAGAUUUCUCCAAGAAACCCUGCUCAUUUCCGACUUGUAUCCAAAGAGAAGAUGCCAUGGGAUUCGGUGAGGUUGACCUUUGAAGCAGCAGGACCAAGCCAUAUGUCUUUCUAUGUUCGAACCCACAAAGGGUCAACACUUUCUCAGUGGUCUCUUGGCAACGGCAUUCCAGUCACAAGCAGAGGAGGGGACUACUUUGUGUUUUACUCCCACGGACUCCAGGCUUCGGCAUGGCAGUUCUGGAUAGAAGUGCAGCAGGUCUCAGAAGAACAGCCAGAAGGAAUGGUCACUGUGGCCAUUGCUGCUCACUACCUAUCAGGGGAAAACAAGAGAUCUGCUCAGCUGGAUGCUCUGAAGGAGAAGUUCCCAGACUGGUCAUUUCCCUCUGCGUGGGUUUCCACCUAUAGUCUCUUUGUGUUUUAAUCUUGUGGAUGGACUUUGAGGACAUGUCCCCUGGACAUUCCGUGGGAUAGUUUCUCUCCCAUGGUAUAUGGAUGUUUGUAAUACAAGUCAAUGAAUUACUGAGCAUAUGUUCAAAGAGCUGUUGGGAUACCACUCUUCAGGGCCAAGUACUGUAUGGGUUAAACUGUGGGCCAGUGGUGCCUGGCCAUGCCAGUUGACAAUUCCUGUUUUCUGACACGUAAGCACAUGUGGAUACUGCCAAUCAUGUCACUUCUAUGACUGUAAGGACUCCGCAGCAUGCCACUUUGAGGAUCAAGGAUGGAGACUCUUAGACCACUGCUAAUGAAAUAGGCCAAGUCCACUUGUCAGUGGAUGGUGGGUAAGAUGCCCUUCGCUGGAGUAGUGCCUGUCUUCGCACUACCGUGGUAAGUCACUGGACAGGAAAUGCCACAAAGGUGGAAGCCGUUGCCGCCAUCAGAUGCCGAGCGUUGCUGCUUCUUCAGGCAGACGUUCAGGUGUUUUGUCUGUUCCGAAGCCUAACCUUGAUGCAGCGCUCAGGGCUGGACUCCUGAGUAUAAUUCAGUCUACUUUCCCUCAAAUAUGGUCCUGUCAUUUACCUGGGGAAGAGAACAUCUCUUCAGCUACAUUUUCUUCUUAUAGUUCAUGGGUUGUUUUAUUUGUGCAAGCACAGAACUUAAACUUCUUCCCCAGAGUACUGAAUAGCUGCUGAGGUGGAAGAGGAGGAGGGCUGGGAGGACUGGGAAUUUUAUAAUAUUUAUUCUCUGUUAUACAAGAUUCAUCCUUUAGCACACAUUUUUUAUUGCUGCAUUGGGUUUCCUGUUUUCUAGCAGGUGACUGUUCUUGUAACUUGCUGUCAGUGAGAACUGGCUGCUCUGAUGUUGAGGGUGUAGCUCAUACAGGAGACAGACAGUGAUCCCUGUAUUUGUUAAUUUGCAGAUAAGGGCAGCAGUAAGACUUAAUGGUGCUUUCACUUUGAAGACCCGGGCUGUAGCUUGUGAGGUAUGUCAUGGCAGUGGCUCUUGUGGCUUCUCUAGGUUCCAUCAGUGACAGAGGAUGAGACAAAUGUAAAUUAUGCUAAUUUUACAGUAGUAAAUGUAAAAAGACCAAAUGAGUUAGCCAACAAGCAUGACCCAAAAUGUAGUUGAAAGAAAAGCCAUAGUAAGGCAUAAACAAAACAAAAAAAAUCUCCUUGUCAGGUGAGACCAGGAAGGCAUCUCUCAGAACUGUCUGAACGUCAGCAAGAACAGUUAAGUGUGCACCGCAGGAGAAGGGCUUCUGAAAUCUGCCUGUGUGGCAUGUCUCGGCUUCUCAAUCACGUUCCUUGUUUUGCCUGCCCAAUCUCUAACGCCUUAAAAAUCCUGGGCCCAUGCAGACAUAAGGGCUGCAGCUGGAGCUGAAUGUUACCAUGCCGACUGUCACAUGUGUUGACACUGUAAAGUGGAGUCACUUUUUUGCUGGACUCACAGAAAUCUUAUCUCAACAGUGCUUCAAGUGUCUGGCUCCUGCUGUGUAUGCAUUAUCUGUCAGGUAGUACUUAAAGGUUUGAGGGUUUAUGUCUAGCUUGGAAAGAGCCACAGCUGAGGAAAAUAAGUAACAGUACUAAUAGCUCAGUGAAUUUCAAAAUACAGGCUUAUAUUCCAUGCCUGGGUUAAUCUGAAAUUGAUUACUAGAAAUUAUGGGGGAGGGGAGCAAAAUGUCAUGCUGAAGAAGUACACAAAAACCAAGAUUUUCUCUGAUUUCUUACCUUUUGGUGGGCGUCUUUUGAGUAUAAUCAAUCAUGGUUUUCUUUCUGUCUUUGGGUUGUUUCUCUAUGCAAAUGAUUUUGAUUUUCUCUAACAUUAUGCAGCCACUAACAAGAUGUUCCAUUUCAGGGCAUGCUUAAAGGCCAGACAUGGUCAAGUAUUACAUGCAGUAUUCAUGGCUUUUAAAAGGCACACUCUGUAGUAGUAUCACUAGACCCUCCCCUUUUAAAGAUUAUCUGAUCACCUGUGUAAUUCACUUCUCAAAAGAUAGUUUCAAGGACUAAGUAAUGCAUCCCCCUCCCCAUGAGUGUAAACAUAAGCAGCCCAUUAGGAAGAAGUAUAAAGAACUGACUUCAUAGUUCUUAAUGUUUAAGGAAGAUUGUUCUACAGUGUUUCCAGUUUAGCAGCUAUAACUAAGUGUCCCCCCCCCCCCCCCCCCCCCCCCCGCUGUGCAGGAGAUUAGUCCACAAGCCUGCCUCGGUGACUCAGGAAGCUGCUGGAGGACCAUGGCUGUCCAUCUCCUUUUCACUUCUCUGCUGACUUGUUGAGGGUUAAUUGUUGCCUUACAAUGUUACUGAAAUAAACUUUUUAACAUA